AUGUGUGUGAGUGCCUGUGAGCUGAACCUGUCCUAUCAGGACUUGGGAGAUCCGUUCCAGCAGGAUAACUUCAGUCGGAUCCUGAGGAGGCUGAUCCGAGUGGAGAGACUGCAGCUGAUCAGUAACUCCCUCACAGACCUGAGUUCUAUAUGCCUGCCAAGGUGCCGAAGCCUGAAUCUGCAUCGUAACCACCUGACAUGUGUACGUCAGCUGCCGAAGCUCCCGGCUCUGGAGCACCUGUGUCUCUCUGAGAACAGCAUCUCCACACUGAGGGGGCUGGGGGCUCUGGGAACCAGCCCACUCCACUCCCUCACACUCAGAUCUAACCCUGUCAACUACAUACAGGACUACCGUGCACGUGUGUUCUCUUGUUUGCCAAAACUAAGAGUUCUGGAUGGAAUCCCCAAGCUGCCAGAAGAUUCCAUGCCUCCUGGACUCCAACUCCCAGCAGCCACCAGGAUGUGUAACGUUCUGUGACAACAAACUAAGGGGCUUUGGAAAUUCCAUAAAUAAUAAUAAAAGUAAUUCCAUAAAUAAUAAUCAAAGUAAUUCCAUAAAUAAUACACUGACAAUAUU